UCUCAUUUGUCGUAUCAUUCAGUUAGUACUUUAUUCAGUCAGUUAUCGGUCACUCGCACAAUAAUACGAACGCCUGUUGAAUUACCAAGUUGUUUCAUGAACUCGUAAACUAUUGUUCUGUUUAUUCUAUUAAUUAAAUAAAGUUGUUGUAAAGUUAAUUAGUGCAGUGAUACGUUAUCAGUGUUGCUCUGGUUUUUGGCGUUUUAUAAUUAAUUAAAAAGCAAGCAUGGGGGAGGAUAGAAACGACGAGGGAGAUGUAGCAGUCGACGAGAAGGAGGCACCACCCGACACCGAAGACACCACCGAAGCCAAACCAGACGACAUAGAAGACAACAUGCAAAAGCAAAUAGACAUAGUUAUCAACAAAGAAAUGCCCAUAAAAUACGCAGACAAUGCAAUCAGGCAGAGAGAAAAUGAGAAGAGCAACUACAUACAGAAUAUAAUGAACUCGACUUCAGGCUUGAGUCUAACUCAAAUAAACCUGAAGGAGGAAACACUGCUAACAGACUCGAAGACUGUUGUAAGGUUUUCGCCGAUAUGGAAACAGACCCUGGCAUCUAUGGCAGCCAUUCUGAUGACGUUCACGGCGGGCCUCACAUCAGGCUACUCCGCGAUUCUUCUGCCCCAGCUCAAGGCCUCUGACAGCAGCAUACCCUGCGACGACAGUACUGCUUCUUGGAUUGCGGCAAUGGCAGCGCUUCCAAUGGCUCCCGGCUGUCUCAUCGGGGGCUGGCUGAUGGAGAAGUUUGGCAGACGAAACGCUCACUACAUGGUCUGCGCACCAUUCCUUCUCGGCUGGAUCCUCAUUGCCUGCGCCAACAACCUAGCUCUCAUCCUCCUCGGAAGAUUCUUCACUGGCCUCUGCGUUGGCUUAAUAGGACCUUUGGGACCAGUCUUCAUCAGUGAAACCACCAGUCCUCAACUCAGAGGCAUUUUCCUCGCUGCUAUAUCAUUAGCAAUCGCUGUAGGCAUUCUAGUCGCCCACAUCAUAGGAACAUGGGUGCAUUGGCAAUGGACUGCUAUAAUAAGCUGUAUAUUCCCCAUUUUAUCAGUAAUUUUACUAAGUCUAAUCCCAGAAAGUCCAACAUGGUUAAUCUCCAAAGGACAAAUAGAAGAUGGCGUUAAAGCUUUUACGUGGUUGAGGGGUUAUGACGAAGAAGCGAAAAUAGAAUUAAAAGGUAUUAUAGAUAAGAAAAAAGCUGCUGAUAACGAACCUAUACAAACUUUAAAGGAAAAGAUACGUAGUUUGAAAUCCCCUGAGCUUAUUAAGCCAUUGUUUAUUAUGAUAGUUUUCUUUGUAACGUGUCAGUUUUCUGGUGUUAAUGCUGUCGCGUUUUAUUCCAUUGAAAUAAUUGAGAAAGCUGUUGGUAAAGGUGGGAUAGAUCAUUAUACAGCAAUGUACGUUAUAGAUUCAUUAAGAACUGUAAUGUCCGUGGUAGCAUGUGUUACGUGUAAAAAAUAUGGGAGAAGACCUUUGUGUAUGAUAAGUGGGAUUUUCACAGCUUUAUCUAUGGUUAGUCUAUCAAUAUUCUUAUAUUGGUCAGGUGGGAAGCCUACGAAUUUAUCGUGGAUUCCUUUGACUUGUUUGAUGAUUUAUAUAUGUGCCAUUUCUAUAGGACUGGUUCCUUUGCCAUGGAUGAUGUGUGGUGAAGUAUUCCCUACAAAAGUCAGAGGUCUGGGAUCGGGAAUAAGUUCUGCGACUACUUUUGUAUCAUUUUUCGUGGUAGUUAAAACAGCACCUGGUAUGAUGAAAGAUCUGGGUGAAGUUUUGACUUUUUUGAUCUAUGGUAUUAUAGCACUAGUCGGUACUGGUAUCCUAUAUUUCAUUUUACCAGAAACGAAAGGCAAAAGUUUACAAGAGAUCGAAGAUAAAUUCAAAAGCAACAAAAUCAGUAUAGCAUAGAUCUAAUAAAUUGUAUUAUAUUUAAGUAGGUAGUUGUUAUAAUUUAAUAUAUGAGGACACUUAAGAAAUUCCAUUGAAAUUGUACAUGCUGUAAGCGUACAUUAUUUACUAUCUGUGAUAUUGUAGUAAGUAUAUAGUAAGAAUUAAUAAACGUAUGUUAUAAUAAUAUU